ACUCUGUCUCUCCGUUUCUCAGUCAACUCUCCACCUCACCUCCUAAAACAUUCCGUCCGUCUCUCCAGUCCUCUCCUCCUCUCUUCUCCUCCCACCCUUCUCUCGUCCUCUCUUCUCCUCCUCCGUGUCAGGACCAUGUUUCCUCUGACGUUCCUCGGCCUGCUGUUCAUCACCGCACGGACAGAUGACAAGAAAAAGAAGGGGGAAAACCAGGCGGCGAGCAAAGAGGAAGCUCCAUCGAAGUACGACUCCAUGUUCCAGAGAGGAGACCUGCUGGAGGUACCCCGGACGUUGUUCACUCAUUUUGGGAUCUACCUGGGCGGCGGCAGGGUGGCUCACCUGAUACCUGACAUACUACCUGUGUUGUCAGAUGAUGAGGAGGCUAUCAGAGAGAUGGUCACCAAUAACAGACUGAUACUGGGGGUCAUCGCUAAGUGUGCCAGUGUGAGGGUGGACACUGUGGAGGACUUUGCCUACGGCUCAGAGAUAAUUGUGAACCCCAUGGACAAGGUGUGCAGUCGCCCCCCACUGAAAGGAGAGGAAGUAGCAGACAGGGCAGAGAAGCUCCAGGGCUCCACGGCCUACAGCCUCCUGUGGUAUAACUGCGAACACUACGUCAUGUACUGUCGAUACGGCACCUGCAUGAGCUUCCAAACCUUCCAGUUCUGUAAGACAGUGAAGAAGUUCAUUCUGAGCCAGAGGAGUGCCAAGGUAACAGCGGUGUUAGGCCCAGUGCUCGUGCUCUAUCUGGGGGUCGUGUCUCUCUACUCAGCCCUGGUCAUUGUCCUGGUUCCCUUCAUUAUCUGGAUGGCUUCCUAGACACUUGGAGGGAAGGAAGGAAGUAGGGAAGGAAGGAGGGAUGGGAAGGAAAGGAAGGAAGGAAGGAAAGGAAGGAAAGGAAGGAGGGAAGGAAGGAGGAAAGGAAGGAGGAAAGGAAGGAGGAAAGGAAGGAAGGAAGGAAAUACACAUUGUUUUACAAAAAUUCUUUGCAGUCCGUUAAAGAAAAUGGAGUUCAACUGGACACUGUACAAAGAAGCAGUGAGUAUAGGAAUGUAGAUUACAGGAUGACCAGACAGACAGACGGGUUUCUUCAAUAACUAUUACUAAUAAUUUACCACUGCUUCAUAAGGCCUAGUAAUGGUGCCAAUACAUGUGUUUACACCCUGUGUUUUAUUUUAAUUGAUUAAUUACAUAAGUGUGAAUGGUAUACUAUUUUGACCUGUAUAACAGUGAAUUAUGUUACUAUAAAUAAAAUAAAAAAUUCAAUGUGCA